AUGACAAACGCAAGUGAAGAUUGUAUUCGUUUAGUUGGGGAUAAAGUCAUUUUACGUCCAUGGAAAUCUCAAGAUAAACAAUCGUUGAUCGAAAAUGGAAAUAAUUAUAAAAUUGCGAUCAAUUUACGAAAUCAAUUUCCUUAUCCGUAUACAGAGCAAAAAGCAGAUGAAUGGCUAAAUUUUGUCACAAGUUUGACCUGCACCGAAAGGUUAUAUUUGGCUAUUGAAGUCGACGAGAAAGCCGUAGGUGGAAUCGCGAUUUCAUUUGGAAACGAUGUUCAUAACUGCACGGCGGAACUCGGUUAUUGGUUGGGUGAAUCCUAUUGGAAUCGAGGGAUUAUGACUGAGGCGGUGGUUUUAUUAAGAAAAUAUGCGUUUGAGAAAUUUCCUCAUCUACAACGACUGUAUGCCGAGCCAUUUAGUUCUAAUUUGGCAUCGACAAAGGUUUUGGAAAAAGCCCAAUUUCAAUUUGAAGGACGAUUGAGAAAAUCGGUUAUUAAUAGAGAUGGAAUAGUUUUAGAUCAACUUUUGUAUUCUUUCGUUAGAGAAUGA